AUUGCUGAACGGAGCCGAGUCGCCAUUACAGAGUGUGAGAUCUCUGCUGGAAAACACACGACGGGAAGAUCUGAAGCAGUCAAGAGAAGGGACAGUAACUCGGUGAGUCUUGUUUUUCAGAGACAUUUAGAUACAAAGAUAGAUGGCUGAGAAAACUGCUCUUGUUGAAAGUUUCCUGAACUGCCAUGUAUGUUCAUCGGAGACAGAAAAAGGAGAGAAGAAUAUGGAGGUGGUGUGUAGUAAACACCAAGAAGUCCCAUAUUGGUUCUGUAAGGAUGAAGACAGAGUUGUGUGUCCUGUCUGUGAGUUUUCUCUCCACCACGGUCACACGGUGGUUCCUGUAGAACAAGCAGUCAGAGAUAUGAAGGAGCAGCUGAAAUCUGACUUACAGUCUCUGCAGGACAAGAGGGACAAACACAGACGAGUGGAGAAAACAUACAAUGAAAUAAAUCAACACUCCAAGAAGCAGCUGCUGUCUACAGAGAGUCAGAUCAGAGCCGAGUUCAACAAGCUGCACCAGUUCCUGAAAGAGGAAGAGGAUUCCAGACUGGCAGCUCUGAGGGAGGAAGAGCAGAAGAGGGGGAAGACUGUCAGCAGCGAGAUGAAGAGGAUUCAGGAGCAGAUCUCCUCUCUGUCAGACAGCAUCUCUGCUGUGGAAGCAGACCUGCAGAAAGACAGCGUGCCGUUCCUCAGCAGUUAUAAAGCCUCUCAGAGCAGAGCCAGAGCCCAGUGCUCGCUGUCGGAUCCACAGCUGCUCUCAGGAGCGCUGACAGAUGUGGCCAAACAUCUGGGCAACCUGUCCUUCAGAGUCUGGGAGAAGAUGAAGGACAUGGUCCACUUCUGUCCCGUCAUUCUGGACCCAAACACUGCAGCCGACAGUCUCUAUCUGUCUGAUGAUCUGACCAGUGCGAGACGUGGAGACACAAAGCAGAAGCUUCCAGAAAAUCCAGAGAGACACAGCAAGUAUUCCGCUGUUCUGGGCUCUGAGGGUUUCAGCUCAGGGAAACACAGCUGGGAGGUGGAGGUGGGAGAUACUCCUUACUGGGUUGUGGGUUUAGCUAAAGAGUCAGCUGACAGGAAGGGAAAAAGAUAUUCUUUACCAAAAUAUGGAAUCUGGUGUUUUAAGUAUCUCAGUGGACAAUACACUGGUGGAUCCAAGAGUGUCACAGUGAAGAAAAGUCUCCAGAGGAUCAGGGUCCAGCUGGACUAUGAGGGGGGGAAGGUGUCAUUCUACAACUCUGAACACAUGACUCACAUCUACACUCUCAGAGACACUUUCACUGAGAAACUCUUCCCUUAUUUCAGUAUCGGACCGGCUAGUGAUGCUAAAACUGCAGAAAUCAAAAUCUGUCCAGCUGAGAUUUCUCUGCGAGGUUCAGAGAGCUCAGAGAAGGUGGAGAGAGGAAAGUCGUUCAUUAGUCGUAUAAAAAAAAAAAAAAAGCUUUAGCAAAUGACCUGAUGGAAAACAUUCCUUGGUUGUUGUUUGACACACAAAAUGUUUCCAAAGCCCAGAAUGAGAAACUACAGCUGAGCUGCUUUUGGUGUAAAUGUGCUGCAAGAACUAGGAUUUUAAUUAAAAAUGUUUGUUUUUUUUAAUUUCCGAGGAUGAGUAAAAAGCUUAAAUGUUAUUAUCAGACCCAAACAGAAUCUGCAGGGUUUAGUUGUUGUUGUUUUGAUCCAGAAUGAAAAUCUGCAGAAUGUAGCCGACUGGUUUUCAGCUUUGGGUGGAGAUGUGUUAACAUUCUGAGUUUAAUUUAGAUUGUACACAUAAGAAGCUGGGUCCAGACUAGUCUAAUGAUAGCCA